GACUGCUUGAGGUGACAAUGAUCUCGGCAGCGGCUUGGAUUGCUCGCGGCAAGGCGGCGAGAAAUCCCACCAAGUACAACGUCGAGGAUGAGGCAGAGCUGGAGCGGGUCGCAAAGCUGACCAAUGUGCACUUCGACGACGCCAAGGAGCAGCUCGCAAAGGCGCAGAAGGCAGCCGCCAACUGGAACCGGGAAGGGCGGCAGCAGGAUGAGGCUGGCGACGGAUGGGAAGACGACGACGACGACGAUGAUGAUGAUGGAGGUAUCAAAGAUGAUGAAAAGACGGCAGAGGCAGCAGCAGGGGCGGGGCAGGAGGUGGUCGCCGACGAUGCCACAAUGGACACCGACGACGCCAACGACUUGGCCAAAUACAAUCUUGACAGCUACGACAAUGAUGCCGAAGAGGAGAAUGCAGGCCAGCUCGGAGCGUUCAGCAACAUCAAGGGUCUCCAGUUCUACCGAAACAAUGACGAGGACCCGUACAUCACCAUGAAAGAGGAAGACGAAGACGAGGACCGCGAGGAACUCGAGGUGCUGCCGACCGACAACCUCAUCGUCUGUGCCAAGACGGAGGACGAGGUGUCGCUCCUCGAGGCUUAUGUCUACUCUUCCGAGGACUCGAAUCUCUACGUGCAUCACGAUCUUAUGCUUCCCAGCUUUCCCCUUUGCCUCGAGUGGCUCGACUACAAGCCGGCCGGCCACGGGGCAGACCAGAACAGCGCACCAGGGACAAAGGGAAGCUUCAUUGCAGUGGGCACGAUGGAUCCGGAGAUCGAGAUCUGGAGCAUGGAUGUCGUUGAGGGGCUGUUCCCUGAUGCGCUUCUAGGCCGACGAGACCUCACAGAGGCGCUCAAUGGUCCCAAAGGAACGGGAAAGAAGAAGAAGAAGCUGCCCAAGGUCCGCGUCGCCAAUCCAAACUACCACGUUGACGCCGUCUUGUCUCUGUCGUGGAACCGGAAGGUGCCGAACCUGCUCUGCUCGGCCUCGGCAGACAAGACGAUCAAGUUGUGGGAUCUGUCGCGCCCGUCGGAGACGACGUCCACGUCGGGCGGUGUGGGUGCCUUGCGAUCUUUUGAUUCAGUACACACCGACAAGGUCCAGAGCGUAGCGUGGGACGACAGUGGCAAAGCAAGAGGGUCCAUCAAUCGUCCGGCGACCUUGUUGAGCGGGAGCUACGACAAGACGCUCGCCGUUUUUGACACGAGGAGCCCCGACUCGACUGUGCGCGCAGGUGUUGCAUCGGAUGUCGAAUGCGUCAAGUGGAACCCAUGGCGGGAGCACAAUUUUUUCGUCUCGAUGGAGGAUGGUCUGGUGCAGUCUUUUGACGCUCGAGUCCUUUCCUCGUCAUCGAAGGCGCCCACACCGUCUUCAACGCCGACACUCUUCACACUGUCGGCUCACGAUGGCGGCUGCACAUCGCUCGAUAUCUCGCCUCAUAUUCCCGGCUGCCUUGCUACGGCAGGCACAGACAAGCUCGUCAAGCUCUGGUCCAUCGACGAAGACUACUCCGGCACAUCAUCCAACGAGCCCGGCGCGAAACCAAAAGGUAUCAGCAUGGUCACAUCGCGAGACCUCGACGCGGGCAAAAUCUUCUCGGCUUCCUUCUCCCCCGACGAGCCUCUCUCGCUCGCCGUGGCAGGCUCAAGGGGCGUGUUGCGGGUGUGGGACACGCUGGCCAACGUCGGUGUCAGAAAGACAUUUGGGGAGAGGCUCAGCCAGGUCAAAGGAGGGGCGCCGGCCAUCGAUGGCAAAGAGCCGAGCAGAGGCGAUGGAGUCGUUCGAGUUGCAGACGAUGACGAUGAUGACGACGAUGACGAGGGGCCUGAUGGCGAAGGAGGCGACGAGAGAAUGCAAGAAUGAGACUCCUCAUUCGUUGCUCUUUGUACAUCAGAUUGUCCAUUACACUCGCAAUCACAAAUGAUACAUAGGAGAUUUCAC